GAAUCAAAUAUGAGCCAACAACGUCAGAGAAUGCGUACAAGGUUCACAUGAAGCUCACCAUUAAGUCGGUGAGCGCCACUGACUUCGGCUCUUACAAGUGCGUCUCCAAGAACUCUCUGGGCGACACAGACGGCACCAUCAAACUCUAUCGUGCGUGGCGUGUUGCAGCCAAGGCGCGAGAGCUGGGAGACGAUCGCGGCAGCAACGAAGUAAUGGACCUGUCGGGCCCGCAGCAGGUGUCCAAGCAGCGGGAAGUGGCCCUGGGCGGCGGCGGCGGCGGCGGCGGCCGGGCAGCGGCGCCGUGGCCGCCCGUUGUGCUGCUGCUGCUGCCGGUGCUGGUCGUGGCGCACGGCGUCUGCCCCAGCGCGGCCGCCGCGGGCUCCUAGUGGCAGGGCCGCCGCCCUCCCCCUCCUCUUCUCAGGGACCGCGCAGGGCCGCCGCCUCCCGGCCCUGGCCAAGCGCUGCUCAAGCGGAUGACGUGCAAGGCGAGACGAUGCACUUCGCUGUGGUUGCUGCCUCUGUUUUCUUGGUUUCCCCUCCUCACACCCCGUCGACAGAUUUGGAACGACUCCUUCAAUGUCUGGAUGUAAUGUGUAUCGCAAGACAUAGACCGAUCAAAAAAUCUCUUACUGGAACAUUUGUGCAUAACCAUAACACUCAUUGUAAUUAUUCAUUGGAGCCCAAUGUACUGCAUGGUACCUGUAAUUCCACAAAGACAACUCAAUUUAUUUUUCAAUAGCAGAAUUGCCGACUUCAAGAAAACGGUUACAGCGAAAACAACAGGGUCCAUCCCUAGAAACGUCCGAGUGAGUGUCAGGUAGACUCAACUUCUGAGUAGUAUAUUUCAGAAGGACCUACUUCUAUUUAUUGUGUACUACUAUUACUGUUACUAGUGUGCUCGCUUGACGGGACAGUAGUGCAAAGUGUGCGUGCAAGCAGCUACGCUUAGCUUAUUUAUUGCAACGUGUCGUUGUGACAUAACUCUCUUGACAAUGAGGUGUCUGCACAGCGUGUGUUGAUGCGCUGGACUUAUCUCCCCGUGUAUACAAAAAAAUGAAAUCUCCCAAGGCUAUAAUCACUUAUUUUGUUUGUAUUAUCCGUCAAAUUAGUGUACAGUGUAUGUAUGUUCUGUGCCAGAGAACGACGUCCCCAAAACUAAUAUUAUUGCUGUGCUGGCUGCAUGUGUCUACUAAGCACGCUAUGAUUGAGAGCUGUGAAGAGUGUGUAGUGUCUUGCAUUGGGUUCAUUGACGUGUAGAGUUAAGGCGAGAGAGUCGGGAGCAACAGAAAGCACUGUCUGAGUGAAGUGUUUGUGUAUAUUGAAGACUCUCUCAAUGAUUGAUUAUGGGCGUGCACGUGAUAUGUAUUAUUUGAGAAACUUUUUCCACAAAUGCAAGUAAUUUAGGGGUAGUAGAAUGACACAGAGAUACUUUAUGACUGAUAUGUUGCGAUCCCCAAAACUGAAUGUAUGUGAAAAACAUCUUUUCUUAAUCAAUAAGGCUGAGAACAGCAUAUGAAACAAAAAUAAUUGAAAUGACUGAUGGAAUUGCGACACUCAAAAUUCGAAAUUAAUGGCAUAAAAAGCAUCGAAUGCUUAGAAAUAAAGAAAAAAAUGACUUUAUGAUGUGUAAUAUUUUACACUCUGUCGUAAUGGUUGAACACUGUUUCUUACUUUGAGGUAUCAACAAAUGUAUGCGUUAUGAUUAUCGGUUAAAACCAUUCAAUGAUUUGAAUAAAAUUAAUUCAUAAAAAUAAAGAGAACAUGUGACAAAAUCAAAGUCAUCAAUUGAAAAUAUAUACAAUUUGUUCUAAAAAUGCAGUAUCCAGACUUAGAUGAUAGUGUCUGAAGAGUGUUUACUUUUACGAUUUCGUAUAUACUAUACACAAUUUGUCGCUUCUGUCCCUCAUGCUAUUUUUAAUGGAAACGAAGAAAAUACGUUUGGCCAGCUCCUCAGACACGGCGGCCGAUCGCAGGCGCGAUGCCAGCCACACGAGGCCGGCGGAAAGGAGUAGGAUUACGUAGUGGCUAGUACUUCCCAGGAAUUAUAUCCGCAGAAUCCUUCUUACGAGAAGGGAUAUUUUGAUAGUGUACCUCCACCUUUAGUGUAGUGACUUAUGGAGGAAUAAGACUUCACCCCUUCCCAAGUCGGUGGCGCUGGAGGCGCAGGCACCAUUCGCAUAUCACGUGACCUUCACCUUGUUCGGGAGCUUUGGGUUUGGCCGAGGAAAAGAGCCAGUGACAAUUUUGACGUAGGUCUUAUUGUUUUUGAUUGUGGAUGUUCUUGCUCCUUUUAUUUACUACUUGAUUGGUUUGGUAAGAUAACAAAGAGCAAAUAUGCAAGAAUGAGUGUUGAGAAUUGUUUUAUUUUAAGAAGGCCAGUAUUUACAAGAAAGGAUGAAAUAUUGAAAUUUACCAAUCGCUUUUAAAUUUAUUAAACAUUGGUUAAAAUUCUGAAAAAAAAUAAUAAUACGGUUAGUUUUAUUAUUUGUACUUGAGUUACAACUGCGAUAACUCUGACCUCUACGAAUUUUUUAUCCCUGAAGUUGCCGACAAUUCAAAAGAAGCGAAAUGUCUUCUGGUUUCUAUAUCUGAAGAUAAUCGUCGUGUGUCUGAAUAAACAAUUUGAUGUCAGAUAUUUUGUUCUCACUUACGGAAUCUUUCUUUAUUGUUCUUUACAAUUUCCAAAUUUCGGGACAAUUGGGACUCGUUGGAACUCGUAUUAUUCAGAAGUUAUUACACGAAACAAGUCAAUAGGUAUCAUUUUUCUGAACUACAAAUUACACAUAUUCUCCCAAACACACCAUUAUGUCGUUAUGCCUUGACAUUUAAGACCAUCUGUAUUACAAAACGGGUGGAAGUAACUUUUCAUGAAAUGAAAGGAAUCCUGUUACGUAUGCAUUUGGAAGAUUGCAUUUAAAUGUUUUCUUCAAUCAUGUAUUUGUUAUAUCUUAAAUACAGAUCAUCCACAAUCACAAGCACAUAUGUGGUAAAAUAUAGUACAUUAAUGAUUGUAACUUAUCACGGUGAAAUUACUUCUAGAUUCGUAAUGUAAGUUCUUGGGACAAUUAAUUGAACAGGAACAUCAGGAGGAUACCUCUAAGGAAUGACACUGUCCAGGUUUCAGAAUUUUUUAUUAAGAUGUUAAACUGGAAAUGUUAAUCUUUUACAAUGCCGUUCAUUUCUCAUAUACGUAAUUACAAUUAAUAACACUGCUUUGUCAAAUAUUCUGAAAAAUACAACUACAUCACAAACCAAUAGCUAUCAAAUUCAUUUUAAGGCACGCCCGAAAUCGAAUUUGAUAUACUUAUCUGUCAGCCUAAAUCGUAAUAUACAUUUUAGGUCUUUAUCUGCCGAUUACUUUGAAUUUAAGAGUGCUGUGAGUGAUUGCAACCUGUUUUCCAUUGCUUGCUGAGUUUUCGUCCAAGCGAAAGCAGCUAGAGAAAAGGAAACGCAAUGCCCAACUGUUCCUGAAGGCUCCCAGCUACCUUCGCUAGCCUUUGUUCAGCCGCCUCGUGUACAUAAGCUGUUCGUAGUGUAGAAAGCGCCCCGCCCCACGUGGCCACCGAUCAAAUGUACCAACUGUUUGUAUGACUCAGUGUGUGACUUUGAUAAAUGAAAGCUAAUAAACGCCGAAUAAAAUUCUCUUUCGUCUUUCUCUGUACCUCCUCCAAACAACACUGAAGAAUCUGCAGAUCUUCCAGAUCUGCCCUCCGAGCACCCCACGUUGCACCAUUAACUAUGCGUAGUUGUCAAUAAAACAGCCCCCAUCGUGCUUUAAUUUCGAUCUCAAACACCCUGCACAUCACAAUCACUCAACAGGUGACAUCGUGGCCCUGGCCAGACGCCCAACGGGAAGCAAUUUGCGUCGUGUAUGAUCCGCCCGCCACCUCCGCGACCCACUCACCACACACGCCCCGUCGCCCCUGCUCCACAGUCACUUGUGCUUCUGACACACGGAGGCCUCCGUCAUCUCCAUGACCCCGUCGCCAACCCGACAGGCGCCGAACAGCCAGGCGGGUCCUCGUUUAGAAUAAGCGGACGGC